UGUAUCGCGCGGGGUCCCCAGAGCGUUGGUCCCCAACGGUCGGCCUCCUAGGAGGUUCCGAGGCGUGACCCGGCGCCGGGAGCGCUCUGCCGGGCUCCGAGAAACCCGAGUGUCCUCCAAGCCUGCUCUCCUGCACCAUGUUGGGAGUUCUGAAGCGCCCGAUAGUGGUGACGGCUGACGUCAACCUGAAUGUGGUGGCUCUGGCUGGAGUGGGACUUCUGAGCCGACUGUGGCAGCUCUCCUACCCGCGCGCUGUGGUUUUUGAUGAAGUGUAUUAUGGGCAAUACAUCUCUUUUUACAUGAAACGGAUCUUCUUUUUGGAUGACAGUGGACCACCAUUUGGCCACAUGCUGCUGGCCUUGGGAGGUUACUUAGGAGGAUUUGAUGGUAACUUUUUGUGGAACAGAAUUGGAGCAGAAUACACCAGCAAUGUGCCUGUGUGGUCCUUGCGCCUGCUGCCGGCACUUGCUGGGGCACUCUCCAUCCCCAUGGCCUACCAGAUAGUAACUGAGCUCCACUUUUCUCACUCUGCUGCCAUGGGAGCUGCCCUGUUGAUGCUUAUGGAGAACGCCCUGAUCACUCAGUCCAGGCUUAUGCUUUUGGAGUCGUUGUUAAUAUUUUUUAAUUUAUUGGCUGUGUUAUCCUACCUGAAGUUCUUCAACUCCCAAAAACACAGCCCUUUCUCUCUGCAAUGGUGGUUCUGGCUGGUGCUAACCGGGGUCGCUUGUGCCUGCGCCGUUGGCAUCAAAUACAUGGGUGUUUUCACCUACUUGCUUGUGCUUGGUGUCGCUGCCGUCCAUGCCUGGCACCUGAUUGGAGACCAGACCUUGUCAAAUGUCUGUGUGUUUUUUCAUUUGCUUGCCAGAGUGGUGGCCUUAUUGGGCAUCCCAGUCAUCCUGUACUUACUCUUCUUCUAUGUCCACUUGAUGCUGGUCUACCGCUCUGGGCCCCAUGACCAGAUCAUGUCUAGUGCCUUCCAAGCCAGCUUGGAGGGAGGGCUGGCCCGCAUUACCCAAGGCCAGCCACUGGAGGUGGCCUUCGGUUCCCAGGUCACUCUGAGGAGCGUCUUUGGCAAACCCCUGCCCUGCUGGCUCCACUCUCACCAGAGCACCUACCCCAUGAUAUAUGAGAAUGGCCGGGGCAGCUCCCACCAGCAGCAGGUGACCUGUUACCCCUUCAAGGAUGUCAACAACUGGUGGAUCGUGAAGGAUCCUAGGAGGCAUCAGCUGGUGGUGAACAGCCCUCUGCGGCCUGUGCGGCACGGGGACGUGGUGCAGCUGGUGCACGGCAUGACCACCCGCCUCCUCAACACGCAUGAUGUCGCGGCCCCACUGAGCCCCCAUGCCCAGGAGGUCUCCUGCUACAUUGACUACAACAUCUCUAUGCCUGCCCAGAACCUCUGGAGGCUGGACAUUGUGAACAGAAAGUCAGAUAGAGACGUCUGGAAGACCAUCUUGUCGGAGGUGCGCUUUGUGCACGUGAACACGUCUGCCAUAUUGAAGCUGAGCGGGGCACACCUCCCCGACUGGGGGUUCCGGCAGCUGGAGGUCGUAGGGGAGAAACUGUCGCGGGGUCACCAUGGGAGCAUGAUGUGGAACGUGGAGGAGCACCGGUAUGGCAAAAGCCAGGAGCAAAGGGAGAGGGAGCUGGAACUGCACUCCCCUACUGAGGUCGACAUCAGCAGGAACCUCAGCUUUAUGGCCAAAUUCUCGGAACUGCAGGUGACAGGAACUGCAGCUGAGGCCCAUGCUUUGUUGCAGUGGAGGAUGCUGACGCUGCGCAGUGAGGACUCUGAGCACAGGUACAGCUCCACGCCGCUGCAGUGGGUCGCCCUGGACACCAGCAUCGCCUACUGGCUGCACCCCACAACCAGUGCUCAGAUCCACCUGCUUGGAAACAUCGUGAUCUGGGCCUCUGCCAACCUCGCCACAGCGGCCUACACCCUGCUCUUCUUCUGGUACCUGCUCAGACGGCGAAGGAGUGUCUGUGACCUCCCUGAGGAUGCCUGGCGGCAGUGGGCCUUAACCGGGGCCCUGUGUGUUGGCGGCUGGGCACUGAACUACCUGCCCUUCUUCCUGAUGGAGAAGACACUCUUCCUCUACCACUACCUGCCUGCACUCACCUUCCAGAUCCUUCUGCUCCCAGUUGUCCUGCAGCACGUCAGUGAUCACCUAUGCAGGUCCCAAGUGCAGAGAAGCCUCUUCAGUGCCCUGGUCAUAGCCUGGUAUUCCACUGCAUGUCACGUGUCAAACAUGCUGCGCCCACUGACCUAUGGAGACAGGUCACUCUCACCCAGUGAACUCCAGGCCCUUCGCUGGAAAGAUAGCUGGGACAUCCUGAUCCGAAAACACUAGCAGAACAAGCACAGCAAGAAUCGUCUGGGCUGGGGUAGGACAGGGUUUCUUAUAACCAUUUUUACCUUUGACAAGCAGAGGGCUGUCAGCCUGCAGCCUGGUGGGCUCACAAGGUCGCCCUGGAACUUAAUUGCGGUUCCAUUCUUAAAGCAAUCCUCUGAAGAGCACAUUAUUUGGAGAGGUUUUAUUUUUCUGAAUAGUGAAGAACAUGCUCCCUCCACGCCCUCCCACCCAUGAGGCCCCUUAAGCUCAGGCAUGUGAGUUUCAGUGGCCAACACAGGAGCCACAUGUGAAGGCAGGCCAGUGACCUGCGAGCCAGGACCUGCCCAAGAGGCCCUCAAGGUGUGGGCUUGGUGUUUGAUUUGAUGGGCUCACUCAACUGAGCAGGCUGUCCCUGUCCUCAGCAAGGCCCUGCAGGCCGCCCUGGACAGCCGUCUGGUGGUGUGGACAUCUUUUUGAGGCCUACAGCAAAUGCUGUUUAAAGACUGACUCCUCAGGUUGCUUUAUAAAAACCCCUUCUGAGAUUUUUAACAGUCGAGGUUGGGCCACCUGUACAUUUCCCUGCCCUCCCUUUGCCUUCUUUUCUAAUGGAAAUAAAAGAGACGAACUGA